AAAACACUGCAACAGCUGCAAACCUCACGAACUUUACUCCCGCUGCACAUUUACUGUCCCACCUUUGAAACUUCCCUGGAGAUAAUAUUUAACAGCACAUGCGGAGUAUCGCGCCUAACUUUAGUGUUCUCGGCGCGUUGGGAUCGAUGGAGUUGUGAUUUGGGCGGAUACUGGUGAUUUUACGCUUCAGCUACACACAGAGACAAUGGUUUCCAUCGCCAAGGUGCUCCUCGGAGUCUUUGGGUUAACAGUCGUCGUGGUUUUGAUAGCGGUACCCACAGCAAUAUUUUUAAAAGAGGGAAAGGAGAACACGAAUCAGAAAUCUUUCACCCUGGAGGAUGUCUUCAACAGCACACUGAAACCAAAAUCAUUCAGCAUGACAUGGAUCUCAGAUAGCGAGUUUCUCUUUAAGUCCCAGGGCACAGUCUAUCUCCAAAAUGCCACAGGAGGCGUCACAGAGUUCUUGAAGCAAGACUUGUUUAACAGAGUACGUGCUCAUGAUUACCAGCUUUCUGCUGACCACAGAUAUGUUGCAUUCAUGAGCAACUAUACCAAGCUGUGGAGGCAUUCAUUUACUGCUUCAUAUACACUUUAUGACCGAGAAACAAGCACAUUCCUCACAACCUCUGAUAUUCCUGAUGAAGUCCAGUACUUCGCCUGGGCUCCAGAAGGAAACAAACUGGCCUAUGUUUGGAGAAAUAAUGUGUAUAUAAAGACCAGCCCGGGGUCUCCACCACAGCAGGUCACUUUCAAUGGCAAGGAGAAUCUGAUUUUUAACGGGCAUCCAGACUGGGUGUAUGAGGAGGAGAUGUUCUCAUCCAAUCAAGGCCUCUGGUGGUCACCUGGAGGGAAGUACGUGGCCUAUAUUGAGUCCAAUGACAGUGAGGUCCACACCAUAGAGUACACCUGGUACGGGGAGAACCAGUACCCCACCACUGUUUCCAUUCCAUAUCCAAAGCCAGGUACUCCCAACCCUAUCGUAAAACUCUUUGUUGUGGACACUGACAACACAACAGAUAUUUCUGAGGUUAUUGUUCCAGCCUUAUUCAGUUCAAGUGAUCACUACUUAGCCACUGUCAAUUGGGUGUCCGAUGAACGUAUAGCUGUCCAGUGGUUGAAGAGAGUCCAAAACCAUCUCAUCCUCCAGAUCUACAACUUCAGUGUAUCCAGUUGGGUACCUUUAGAGCAACUGGAACUAAAAAGUACCAGCGGUUGGAUUGGACGGUUUUCCCCUCCAGAACCAGUUUUUGCUGCAGACAGGAACAGCUACUACCUCCUGAUGAGCGACAAAAAUGGAUACAAGCACAUCCAUCAUGUGAACAAUGGAAAAAUUACAGCAAUCACCACGGGACAAUGGGAAGUCGUCAGCAUUCUGAAAGUAACGGCAGAUAGUAUAUAUUAUUCAAGUAAUGAAGAUGGCGGCAGACCAGGAGGAAGGAAUGUUUACAAGAAAAACUCAAAAGAGACCAAAUGUCUGACUUGUGCGGUGCUUGAUGGAGAGUGUCAGUAUAACUCAGCAUACUUCAGCCACGAUGCCUCCUUCUACCGUAUGAGCUGCAGUGGUCCUGGGAUUCCUUUCCAUUCUCUCUGGGAUGCCACAAAAAACCAAGAGAUUUCGGUUUUGGAGGACAAUACUAAUUUUACUUCCCGAAUACUUGAAAUCCAAAUGCCCACAAUGCGCCGAGACUCCAUCAAACUUGGUGGGAAAACUCUCUGGUACCAGAUGUAUUUGCCUCCAGGAUUUGAUGAAUCCAAGAAGUACCCAUUACUCAUAGAUGUAUAUGCUGGUCCCUGCAGUCAGAAAACAGACUUCGCCUACAGGGUGGGCUGGUCCACCUACCUGGCCAGUACUGAGAAAAUCAUCGUCGCCAGCUUUGACGGAAGAGGAAGCGGCUACCAAGGCGACGAGUUAAUGCACGCUAUCUACAAACGUCUGGGAACCUAUGAGGUGGAAGAUCAGAUAACAGCAGCCAGGGAAUUCAUCAAAAUGGGCUUCAUUGACAAAGACAGAGUUGCUAUUUGGGGCUGGUCUUAUGGCGGAUAUGUGACAUCAAUGGCCUUGGGAGCUGGAAGUGGAGUUUUCAAAUGUGGAAUGGCAGUCGCGCCAGUCUCCAAAUGGAAAUACUACGAUUCGAUCUACACAGAGCGUUACAUGCUGGAGCCUUCACAGAAUUCUUAUUACUACGAUAACUCUACAGUAACAGAAAGGGCCAAACACUUCCACUCAGUGCAAUAUCUUCUGGUGCAUGGAACAGCUGACGACAACGUACAUUUCCAGCAGGCAGCUGAGAUCUCUGAGGCCUUAGUGGACGAGCAGGUUGACUUUGAGGCGAUGUGGUACACAGACAAGGAUCACGGCCUCGGAGGCUCUGCCUACCAGCACGUCUACACCCACAUGUCUCACUUCCUCCUGAGGUGCUUUGAAUAAAGUCCACCAAGAUCUAUCUCCAUGUAAAUAAAGAGAAAUGACUUGGGGGGG